AUGGAACACCGAAAUUCUGAGCUUGAUGCCUAUAGUGAAUUCUUUAAGAGGGUAGCUGCAGCUAAACCACCUGUUUACUUGGGAAAAGAGGACCCAGCCAGCCUUAAAAACUGGAUUAGGGAGUUUGACAAGUUGUUUGAUGCUAUCAAUUGCCCAAGUGAGCUGAGGGUGAACAAUGGGGUUUACUACUUGAGGGAGGAAGCUGAUUUAUGGUGGGCCCAAAGAAAAGAUGAGUUGCUGAAAAGACCAAAGUUUGGGUGGGAUGAGUUUAAGAAAGCCUUGAGAGAGAAGUUUUACCUUUCCUACCUUAGAAAGCAGAAGUGUAUGGAGUUUACCAACCUAAGAAUGGAAAACAUGCCAAUUAGUGAAUACUACAACAAGUUCAUUGAGUUGAUGAGGUUUGCCUCGGAAGUAGUCCCUACUGAAACCAUUAAGGCUCAAAGAUUUGAGCAAGGCCUAACCUUGACCCUCCAAGGGAAGCUAGGGGGAGUGAAUUUUCAGACCCUAGAUGAAGUUUAUGGCCGUGCAGCCCAUCUCUACGGAAUUAAGGGGAGGGAGAUGGAGCAGGUGGGAGAGAAAAGGAAGAACCCAGAGUCUUUUCACGGGGGUGAAAAGAGGCAAAAGACUAAUGGAAAUUACCAAGGGAAUUCUGAAGAUAGGAGGGACAACAAGGGGAACUUUGGGAAGGGGAAUGGGGGACAAUCAUCCAACCAUAAAGGGAAUGGGAACCAAAUGGGUGAGAAGCCCAAGAGGAAGUAUUUCUGCAAGAGGUGUGAGAAAGACCACCCAGGGAAGGACUGUGAGGGAAACCCGGUAACUUGA